AGCUCUGCUUCCCAAAGCAAAAUUUGUAAUAUGCCAUUUUUCCGAUGGACGCUUCUCCUUCGGGCUGCUGACGGAGCCGCGGGAAGAUGCGGGGCCGCUGCCUCGCCACGCAGCCGGGGCCGGUUCCGGAGGGCGCGGGGGCGCGCGCGGGUCUGAGCCGCCUUUCUCCUCCCAUUGCCAGGGGAAUGGUCCAGGAGCGCCGGGCGUGAGCCUCCCCGCUGGUCAGCCAGAGACUGCGGUUGUCAUUGAUCCAUUGAAGAAGCAGGACCCGAAACUACUGGCAUUAGCAAUGAUGUGUGAAGUGAUGCCCACGAUUAAUGAGGACACCCCAAUGAGCCAAAGGGGGUCCCAAAGCAGUGGCUCGGACUCAGACUCCCAUUUUGAGCAGCUGAUGGUGAAUAUGCUUGAUGAAAGGGACCGUCUUCUAGACACCCUACGGGAGACCCAAGAAAGUCUUUCCCUUGCCCAGCAAAGACUGCAGGAUGUCAUCUACGACAGAGAUUCGCUCCAGAGACAGCUCAACUCAGCCCUGCCACAGGAUAUCGAAUCCCUAACAGGAGGUCUGACUGGUUCUAAGGGGGCUGAUCCACCGGAAUUUGCUGCACUGACAAAAGAAUUAAAUGCAUGUAGGGAACAACUUCUAGAAAAGGAAGAAGAAAUUUCUGAACUUAAAGCUGAAAGAAAUAACACAAGACUGUUACUGGAGCAUUUGGAGUGCCUUGUGUCACGACACGAAAGGUCACUGAGAAUGACGGUGGUAAAACGGCAAGCCCAGUCCCCCUCGGGAGUUUCCAGUGAAGUUGAGGUUCUCAAGGCACUGAAAUCUUUGUUUGAGCACCACAAGGCCUUGGAUGAAAAGGUAAGGGAGCGACUGAGGGUUUCUUUAGAAAGAGUCUCUGCACUGGAAGAAGAACUAGCUGCUGCUAAUCAGGAGAUCGUUGCCUUGCGUGAACAAAAUGUUCAUAUACAAAGGAAAAUGGCAUCAAGUGAGGGAUCCACGGAGUCAGAACAUCUUGAAGGGAUGGAACCUGGCCAGAAAGUUCAUGAAAAGCGUUUGUCCAAUGGUUCUAUAGAUUCAACUGAUGAAACUAGUCAAAUAGUCGAACUACAGGAAUUGCUUGAAAAGCAAAACUAUGAAAUGGUCCAAAUGAAAGAACGUUUAGCAGCACUUUCUUCCCGAGUGGGAGAGGUGGAACAAGAAGCAGAGACAGCAAGAAAGGAUCUCAUUAAAACGGAAGAAAUGAAUACUAAAUAUCAAAGGGACAUCAGGGAGGCCAUGGCACAGAAGGAAGAUAUGGAAGAAAGGAUCACAACCCUUGAGAAGCGUUACCUCAGUGCUCAGAGAGAAUCUACCUCCAUACAUGAUAUGAAUGAUAAACUAGAAAAUGAGUUAGCAAAUAAAGAGGCCAUCCUCCGGCAGAUGGAAGAGAAGAACAGACAGUUACAGGAACGACUUGAGCUUGCGGAGCAGAAGUUGCAGCAGACAAUGAGAAAAGCUGAGACCUUACCUGAAGUAGAGGCUGAGCUGGCUCAGAGAAUUGCAGCCCUGACAAAGGCUGAAGAGAGACAUGGAAAUAUUGAAGAACGUAUGAGACAUCUGGAAGGUCAACUUGAAGAGAAAAAUCAAGAACUUCAAAGAGCUAGGCAAAGAGAGAAAAUGAAUGAGGAGCACAACAAAAGGUUAUCCGACACUGUGGACAGACUUCUGACUGAGUCCAAUGAACGCUUACAGCUACACUUAAAGGAGAGAAUGGCUGCUCUAGAGGAGAAGAAUGUUUUAAUUCAAGAAUCAGAAACUUUCAGAAAGAAUCUAGAAGAAUCUCUACAUGAUAAGGAAAGAUUAGCAGAAGAAAUUGAAAAGCUGAGAUCUGAACUUGACCAAUUGAAAAUGAGAACUGGCUCUUUAAUUGAACCCACAAUAUCAAGGACUCAUCUGGACCCCUCUGCUGAGUUGCGCUAUUCCGUUGGAUCCCUCGUGGACAGCCAGUCUGACUACAGAACCACUAAAGUAAUAAGAAGGCCACGGAGAGGCCGCAUGGGCGUGAGAAGAGAUGAGCCAAAGGUGAAAUCUCUUGGAGAUCAUGAGUGGAAUAGAACUCAGCAAAUCGGAGUGCUAAGCAGCCACCCUUUUGAAAGUGACACAGAAAUAUCUGAUAUUGAUGAUGAUGACAGAGAAACAAUUUUUAGCUCAAUGGAUCUUCUCUCUCCAAGUGGUCAUUCUGAUGCCCAGACUCUAGCUAUGAUGCUUCAGGAACAAUUGGAUGCUAUCAACAAAGAAAUCAGGCUAAUUCAGGAAGAAAAAGAAUCUACAGAGUUACGUGCUGAAGAAAUUGAGAAUAGAGUAGCAAGUGUGAGCCUGGAAGGCCUGAAUUUAGCGCGAGUCCACCCAGGGACCUCCAUCACUGCCUCCGUUACAGCUUCUUCACUGGCCAGCUCAUCGCCCCCCAGUGGACAUUCAACGCCAAAGCUCACACCGCGAAGUCCUGCCAGGGAAAUGGAUCGGAUGGGAGUCAUGACACUGCCAAGUGAUCUAAGGAAACACCGGAGAAAGAUUGCAGUGGUGGAAGAAGAUGGUCGGGAGGAUAAAGCAACAAUUAAAUGUGAAACUUCCCCUCCCCCGACCCCUAGGACCAUCAGGAUGACUCACACCCUCCCUUCUUCCUACCACAAUGAGGCCAGAAGUAGUUUGGCUGCCUCCCUGGAGCCAGACAGCUUUGGGCUUGGCAGUGCCAACAGCAGCCAAGACUCUCUUCACAAGGCCCCCAAGAAGAAGGGAAUCAAGUCUUCGAUAGGACGUUUGUUUGGUAAAAAAGAAAAAGCCCGGCUGGGGCAGCUCCGAGGCUUCAUGGAGACUGAAGCUGCGGCUCAGGAGUCCCUGGGGUUAGGCAAACUUGGAACUCAAGCCGAGAAGGAUAGAAGACUGAAGAAAAAGCAUGAACUUCUAGAGGAAGCUCGAAGGAAGGGAUUACCUUUUGCCCAGUGGGAUGGGCCCACAGUGGUUGCAUGGCUAGAGCUCUGGUUGGGAAUGCCUGCCUGGUAUGUGGCAGCCUGCCGAGCCAAUGUGAAGAGCGGUGCCAUCAUGUCUGCUUUGUCAGACACUGAGAUCCAGAGAGAAAUUGGAAUCAGCAACCCCCUGCAUCGCUUAAAGCUCCGACUAGCAAUCCAGGAGAUGGUUUCCCUAACGAGUCCUUCAGCUCCUCCAACAUCCCGAACUCCUUCAGGCAACGUGUGGGUGACCCAUGAAGAAAUGGAAACUCUUGCAGCUCCAGCGAAAACGAAAGAAUCUGAGGAAGGAAGCUGGGCCCAGUGUCCGGUUUUCCUACAGACCCUGGCAUAUGGAGAUAUGAACCACGAGUGGAUUGGAAAUGAAUGGCUUCCCAGCCUGGGGUUACCUCAAUACAGAAGUUACUUUAUGGAGUGCUUGGUAGAUGCAAGAAUGUUAGAUCAUCUAACAAAAAAGGAUCUCCGUGUCCAUUUAAAAAUGGUGGAUAGUUUCCAUCGAACAAGUUUACAGUAUGGGAUUAUGUGCUUAAAAAGGUUGAAUUACGACAGAAAAGAGCUGGAAAGAAGACGAGAAGCAAGCCAACAUGAAAUAAAAGAUGUGUUGGUGUGGAGUAAUGAUCGAGUUAUCCGCUGGAUCCAAGCAAUUGGCCUUCGAGAAUAUGCAAAUAAUAUCCUUGAGAGUGGCGUGCACGGCUCACUGAUAGCCCUGGACGAGAACUUUGACUACAGCAGCUUAGCUUUGUUACUGCAAAUUCCAACCCAGAACACCCAGGCCAGGCAGAUUCUUGAAAGGGAAUACAAUAACCUCCUGGCUCUGGGAACCGAGCGGCGACUGGAUGAAAGCGAUGACAAGAAUUUCAGGCGUGGGUCAACCUGGAGAAGGCAGUUUCCUCCCCGUGAAGUACAUGGAAUCAGCAUGAUGCCUGGGUCCUCAGAAACAUUACCAGCCGGAUUCAGGUUAACCACAACAUCUGGGCAGUCAAGGAAAAUGGCGACGGAUGAUGUCGUCUUUUCGGUCUACCCUACCUAAAGUGCACUACCAUCCAAGAAGACGAGCAGUGAACACCUUUGUGAAAACUGAAUUCUAAGGAAAUAACCACAAGUAAUGGUUUAUUCAACUGAAAAUGUGAUUUUGGGGGGAGUCAGAUAUCAUGUUUGAUUAGUUCACUACAGUUGUAAGAAAAUGCUUAAGUCAUUUGAAUAAUAAACAUCAUCCACAUCAUAACUUCUGUACAACAGAUGCUUUUAUGAAAUGGAGCCACCUGUUUUUUCAUGUUUUAUUGUAAUAUACUAGGCAUUUAUGUAUCACUGUGUAUGUAUUUCUUUUUAAAUGUGUAAGUCUUAUGUAAAUGGAUAUAAAUAUGAUUUUUUAAAAAAUAAAAUAUAUGGUUCAUGGAGUCUCAAGUGCAAACAUUUGACAAUACCAAGUACUGUUUGUAUUUUACCAUGCCACCAUUUUUACAGUUUUUGAAUUAUAACAGUCAAAUUGGUAUGUUUCCUGGAAGCAUGUUUCAUGCCUCCACAUGUUUCACCUUCAAAGUCUGUCAAUACUUAAAGCUGAAAACCUGCCUCUGAUCAUGUAAAAAAGAAUGAUUUAACCUGGAACUGGAGCCAAAAAUAGACCUUUCAAGGCAAUCAGGGAUGUCCUCUAUCUUUAGAAAUAGCACUGUGAUGGCUCGAUCUCCUUUUCAAUACAAGACAAAACCAAACUGUUUACAAGAGUCAAAAAGAUUAUUUAAACAAAAUUUAUAAAGAAAAAGACAUUAUCUUCUCUUGUUACCUGUGGACCAAUAAUUUUUUUUUCUUUCCUGAGAACCACAUGUCCAUUCAAAUAUCCUGAACCGCCAGCAAGAACUGUUCAGUGAAUGUCAACCACUGCAAAGUCCCAGGCUCGUUCCCGCUGGAAGAAAACAAAACCCCGCCACCCUCCCCCUCUGUCAGUGUACCAGGGCCACAGCCGGAGUCAUGUCUAAUGUUCUAAGCUUUUAGCCGAGAUGGCCUUGUUUCGACUUCCCUGAAGUCAGUCUUAUCAGAGGAAAGAAAUGAAAGACAGAACGAUUAACAUAUAUAGUGUAUAAAGUAUAGAAGAGUAAUCUCUUCCCUGUGGCUUUAUUUGGUGGUGUUACUGUUGUUUAUUCUUUGUUUAUAUGGGAGAUUUCAGAGUAAAACCUAUUUAAGAGUACAUUUAUCUAUCUGCUGAUUUUCUGCUGUUUGAUCUUAUUAAGUGCAAGACCUGUCAUUAGUAAUUUCAUUUUUGUAUUUAAUUUGCUAUGUUUGCACGUACAUUACAUUUGUUUUGAUGUCUAUUUUUGUUUAAACAGAUCCAGUCAUAAAGUAAUGGUAACAAAAGCCCUCUCCAUUGUCAAUAAAAAAGAAUACUUCCAAUUC